ACGCCCGCCGCGAAGAUGCUGUCCGUCCUGAGCAUGAUGGAAUCCGGUCACCUGGAUGGCGACGACGAGGACGACCACCACCACGACGAGGACGACCACCACGACGCCCACCCGCUCUCCAAGGCGGAGCUCAGAAAGAGCAACAAGCCCAUCAUGGAGAAGAGGAGGCGAGCGAGGAUUAACACGUGUCUCAACGAGCUCAAGUCACUCAUCCUGGACGCCAUGAAGAAAGAUCCGGCGCGCCACAGCAAGCUCGAGAAGGCGGACAUCCUCGAGAUGACGGUGAAGCACCUGCAGGCGGUGCAGCGGCAGCAGCUGGCCCUCGCCGUGGCGCACGACCCCGCCGUCCUCACCAAGUUCCGCGGAGGCUUCGCCGAGUGCGCGCAGGAGGUCACCAGGUACGUGUCCAGGAUCGAGGGCGUGGACAGCGGCGUCCGGCAGCGCCUCCUGCAGCACCUGGGCCAGUGCGUGUCGGGCCUCUCCCAUGACGCCGCUCUCCAUGGCCGGCCUGCCCCUGCCCAUGACGCACCUCCAGGGGGCGGCCUCCCUCCUCCCCCCACCCCGGACUCCAGCAGGGCCCCGGGGACGUCAACAACAACCAGGCGCGGCUCCUGCACAGCCUGGUGGCCGCGCGCCUCGCCGCCGCCGGAGACGCCGCAGGACCCGCUGCAGAGCGGCAGUCCUCAAGCGGUCCUGACGCCCACCGCAAGGAGGUUGGUGGGCGUGGCGGACGGGCGGCCCGAGACCGUGGUGCACGCCCAGGUGGCCGUCCAGCCCGUGAACCUGGCGCUGGCCGAGCCCCGCGACGCCGACGCGCGCGCGCCGCUCGACUUCUCCUUCCGCAAGCGACCCCUUGGCAGGCCGACGCCCGCGCACCCCGCCCACCCCACGCCCACGCCGCUCGGCGCAGGGUCCGCCCCUCCCAGUCACCCGACAGUCAUUCACCCGACGCCCAAGCACCUCACGCCCACCGCGGGCGGCCCUGGCAAGCACCAGCAUCCCGUCCACAUCCAGACGCCGCUGUCCAGCAAGCGCCCCCUGGAGGAGGCCGAGCCGUCGUGUCGCGCGCCCAAGCUCCUGCGGGCGGAGGCGCCCCCGCAGCUGGUUCAUCCUCCGCGCCUCAUGAUGCACCUCACCCCCCCUGGCCAUUCCUCCUCCUCGUCGUCCUCGUCCUCGUCCUCCUCUCCCUCAGACACCUCCCCCCUGAGGCCGAGCCCCCAGGAGCCCUCCGAGCCCUCGCUUCCCGGGCCGUCGCCGAGCCGCCCUUCGCCGCCCAUCCACUCGUCCUCGCCGGGCACGUCCCCGCCGGGGCCUGCCACGCCCAAGGAGGAGCUCGUGGGGUCCGAGGGCAAUGCGUCGCCGGACCGUCCCUCCACGUCCUCCACGCAGGAAGAGAAGGACAUGUGGAGACCCUGCGAAAUAUACUUCAGAGAUGAAGAGAAACUGCAUACCAGUGAAAGGAUGAUUCCAGAAAUCCGUUUGAGGUCCUCUGAAUUCGGCUCGUAUGCUAAAGACUUUUUUCACACACAAGCCCAGUGCCAAUUGCCGUUGGCCAAGCAAACCACUUAUUGGCUGUGGUCAAAAGUACUGCAGUUCCACCAAUGCCACACUAAUAGUUCGUGCAAUAGAAACACCGGAUCACCAGGAGGAGGAGGCGGGCUAUAUAAACUUGUCCCCCGCCGGUCCCUGGCGUACACUAGCUCACACGCCCGUCGAAGCAGCAUGAAGGUUUACGUGAUCUUGGCUCUGGUGGGCGCCGCCUGCGCCGCCGCCCUUCCCCUGGAGGCUCCCGAGCCGGUCCAGGACACCGAGGAAGUGGUGCAAGCCAGAGCCGAGUUCCAGGCUGCCUUCGCCGCCGCUGCCGCCGCCGCUGCUGCUGACGAAGUCCCCGAGGUGGUGGUUCCCGAAGGCGCCCCCGAGCCCGUGGUCGACACCGAGGAGGUCGCCGCCGCCAAGGCCGCCCACCAGGCCGCCUUCGACGCCGCCAUCGCCGCCGACGGAUCCCUCCCCGAAGUCGUCGUCCCAGAAGACACCGAAGACGUGGCCGCCGCCAAGGCCGAGUUCAAGGCCGCCUUCGAAGCCGCCGCCGCCGCCGCCGAGGCCGCCCCCGACGCGCCCGCAGCCACCGUCUACACCGCCGCCGGCCCCGUGGCCAUCCACGCCCCCUUCCUCGCCGGCGCCCCCUUCGUGGCCGGCUCCCCCGUGGUCUCCGGCGCCCCCCUCGUCACCGGCACGCACGUCGUCGGCGGCGCCCCCCUCGUCUACAGCGGCCUCGGCUUCCCCGCGGCCGUGCCCUUCGGCCUCCACGGCUUCCCCUUCGUCCAGGUCGCCGCCGAGUGAGCGAGGCCCGAAGGGGCUCCCCCGCCUGUGAGAUUUUUGUACGACCUUUUUCUUCUUUGGCAAAAAUUGGCUGUAAUUAAUGAUUUUCCUGUGGAAAUAAAUUUGUUUAACUAUA